AUUUGGAGCGGAGCGCGGUUCGCUUUUUUGUGUUUUUAGCGGAAAAUCGGAUGAAAAACUCCAAAUGUUUACCAAAUGAGCGGCGACAAUUACGCGACCAAUUGACGAGAUCGUGUGUGUUUUCCCCAAUUAAACGGUGAAAAAGUCAUUAAUAAAAAAAAAAGCAAAAUAGAAUUGCUCUGUGGAAUACAAAAAAUACAUAUAUACAAGGAGACGACGCACAGCGAAAAAGGAAUUUUUUCGUGUACUACGGCGGCGCUUUGUUGUUGUUGCUGGCGUCGUGCAUUUGCCUUUGUUUUGUGUACGUUGUUGUUAUUGCUUUUGCGCUGGCUCUGUGAUUUUGUGUUUUGAAAAAUAAGAAAAGAAAGCAGGAAAACUAAAGAAAGAAAAAAACGAAACAAAUCGAAACAAAAUAAGAAAAUGGCCCGUUUUUGCUUUUCCUGGCUGAAAAAAGUGAAAAGAUAAAUUUACUAAACAAAGCGGCAAAACUGUGUGCGUGUGUGGGUGGCUGUGCCUCUGUGUGAAUGUGCGUGAGUCUCUAGUUUUUUGCAAUUUCCACUUCACACGCUCUUUCGUGUUGGAUUAUUGGAUUAUACCGCCAAUAACGGCACACGCAUAGCAACAACAACUGAAAAAAAAACAACAAAAAGCGAUAAAGGAGAGCAGACGACGCUGGGAUUAAUCAUUAAUGUCCUGAGAGAUAAAGAACGGGAGUCUAGAGAAAGAAGAAGCAGCGGCAGACAAACAAGAAGAAGACGGCAAAUGUUUUGAAUAUGGAAAUAGGGCUGCCUUAGGACCGAAUGUCUAAAACAAGUCCGUCCCACUUCUGCUGCUGGAACCCUUCGUCCUUUCGUGCGUUCCUUUCUGCUAAUUGCUUUGUGUGCCGCGCUCCUGACUCCUUGUUGCCCCCACUAAGCAGGCCAGAUCCUUCCACACUCAAGGCUCAAGAUACUUACCCCGAAGACGCAAGAUAUACCUGAACUGCUGCAGCUGCAGGGCAGCCUGCAUUUUCCUCGAGGAAAAACGCCAACGCGUCUGUCAUGUGCGAGUUUUGUGGCCCCUAACUAAGGCGCCUUGCAUAAAUUUACGCCAGAGGAUAAGCCCGAAAAACGAAGACGAUGAUGGUGGCUUGAGGAUUGAGGAUUGAGAACUGAGAACUGAGAGGACUGGCAAGGCAAACAUAAAGCAAUUUUAUGCGUUUUUAAAAUGCGGCAAUUGACUGAAACAACACAAGCGAACUGCUGAGGGAUAUGGCGACGGCGACGGCGACGGCGACUGGAAAAUUCAGGCAAACCGCAUGUGAGCACGUUUUCCGCUUUUCCGAAGGGUAAAUCAAAUACGAGCCCAGACCGCAUCGAACGGAGACCAAGAAGCAGGACGAAGUGGUGCCCUACCAUAUCUCAGUCGCUGAUAAGCAAUAUAACGCAAAUGCUUGAUGGUUUGUUGACGACCAACAAAAAGUUCUUGAGCGUGUGUAAACAUCGGCCCGGCAAAUACUGAAAACUGAAAACAGAAAACUGAAAACAGAAAACCAGAAAAGCAGAAAACUGAAAACAGAAAGGAAAAAACGCAGAAAACAUCAGCAAGGACAACGAAGGAGCCAGCGUUUAUAAAUGCGCUACAGUUACAAAUUGUAGCCACAGCUAGCGUCGUCCACAAUUAGCGCCAUCGGAGCCAAGGAGCCAAGCAACAACCAAUGGAACAUGUUGAUGCCGGUGCGGGAGUACAACAAGCACAUAGCCAAAAUACCAAAUUGCAAGAUGAGGCAACGUCCGACGCUUAGAGCCACCUUUGCAUCCUUGCUGCUGCUGCUCCUCCAUGUUGCCCAGGCGCUCGAUCCGGCGGCUGCCAGUGGAGCAGGCGCAGGAAGUGGUGCUGCAGCGGGUGGUGGUGCAGGUCCUGCUUCCACCGGCGGUGCAUCUGCCGGAAGUCUGAGCAGUGGACCACCCACGCUCAUUGCCAAUCUCACGGAACAGGGCAGUCCCGGUGUGUAUAAUUCGACAAUGGGUUAAUGCUAAUUACCCUGGUGUAUAUACUAUAUAUAUAUGGCAUUUAUGUGGCUGUUUAGCUGACCUUUCUACCUUUUAGGGCCCAACAAAAACGACGCCGCCAUUUUGGUAUUUGUUCGGACGUUUAUGCGUUCCACCUUUUUGAGAAAAAAAGUUUCAAAGUCAAUUUAAUAAUUAUCAAAAGUCAAUUAAUUGAUGUUUUCAUAAUUAAAGACGCGAAUAUCAUAUCAAGUGUGAACCUAACAUUUUUUGUUCGUGAUCUGGAAACUCCUCUUCAUAAUUUUGUAUACUUUGGCCACACUUUAAUUUAGUUAAAGUCAAGAGUUCAUGAAAUUCUUACCAUAAACUUAGUAUGUUCGUUGUGUGGCAAUGUUUGUGUAUUUCCUUGUGCGCAUUUCCGGUUUCCGCUUCCGCUUGCCAAGCGGCAGGGGGUGGCAAAAACUAUUAGCCACUUGGCGCUAAAUAACACCACCCACGCCCACUUCACCCUGCCGCUGAAGCAAAACACUAAGCAUCAAUUAACCCAAUUUUCAGAAUCCAUUUUCACCUGCAGUUACGGCUUCAGCUCACAGCUCCGGAGCUCUAGCUUUUUCUGAGUAUUUUUCUAGCUGCGUGUUUCACAGCUCCAAUGCUUACAUACAUAUAUACGAAUAUUUGCCUUUUUUUAGAGGGCUUUUGUUUCCUUUGCUCUUUCUUUUUGCCAGCAAAUACCCAAGUGGCGGUGUUGAAACCGACGUACAAACUCCCAAUUCCCCAGUCCCACCUAAUACUAUAGGUAUAAUGCCGGUUACUCUUGUCCAGACUUUUUCGUGUUCCGUGCUGUUCCAUCUUUUCUUUCGCAGGCGUUGGCGCUAUUGUUGUAGUUUGGUUUGGUUUGGUCACUGGAUCUGGAAAUGGAAAUGGAGUGGAAGCUGAAAUCAUAAUUAAUCCAUUGAUUUUCAAUUUUUUUUCAGCUUAAAUAAUUCACACAAAUCAUUUCAGCAAUAAAUAUGAAUUCUUUCGCAGCAUUUAACAAUGAAUAUUUCAGCAAACAAAAGUUCAUUUGCAGUCUAGGUUUUUUUUUCUGUGAAAUAACAUGGGAUCCAAUUACAAAUUGAUGAGCAGGUAAUGAACGGUACAAAAAAAAAUUGAAUCAUUUUAAUUUGGAACUGUUGCAAACCUUGAUUUGCAUGUAACGUCAUAAAUAAUUCAUUUUAACACAUUCAACAUUUAUAAAUAAUUCUUUCUGCCUUUUUUUUUUGUUCUAGCUGUCGCUAUUAAUCAAAUUAUACGUUUACUACAUGCAUUUUUAAAUUGUUUCUUUAUGUCGUUACGUUUACGCAGCCGCCUGGAAAUUUGGUGUGACAAAGUGUCAUAAACUGCAGAAUGCGGGUGGCCAUCCUAUCCGGCGCUUGAUUGAUACUCUGGGUCAAAAAACACCUGGAACGAUGCCAGAUGUCGAGGAUAAUAAAUUCGAGAAGAUGUGACAACACUUGGGAUACGUUUUAUAUUGCUGAACGUCUGUUAUAAAACGCCAAAGAAAUUCAAUAACAAAUUGAUAAAUUAAUUAUGUAUAAAGUCUAUUUACACAAUGAUAUUACAUGGAUUUAUUAAUGAAAAAAUUUAUAUACAACUUGAGCACUAAAGCAAUAAAGAAAAAAUCAGAAU